AUGCAUCCGUGUGCACAACCGCUGAGGAUUUGUGACAGCAACAGCCGGAUCAGCGUGAAGCUAGAGUACUAUCGAGACCACCUGGAACAGCAUGAGCCUUUGAUACGAAAAGUCGAAGAGACCUUCAUGUGUCAGGUGCCCGACACGGGUGAGCCCAUCGUGAACGUGGCGAAGCUCCGCAGCGCCCGGCCCAAGAGCCAAGGUCUCAGCCGGGCCGCGCGGAUGAGGAUCAAGCAAAGGACACUAACUCCACCUGUCAAAGAACGUUCCGACAUUCACCGAGCAAAAAUUUCUGCUGCUUUGGUCAGGGCACAAUUUCUCCAUUUGGAGAGGCGGACAGAACAGGCGUGGCGGCAACAGCUGCAGCAUUCCCGACAGGAACGAGCUCGCAGAGAACGGCCCUGGCUGGCAGUGAUGGGAGCCAUAGCAGCUCUUGCAGCCAUGAAGCGUGUUGUCACGGUGUGGCGUGAAGCCAAAAGCCUGGCACUCUCCGAUGUGCAGUGGCGCAUUCCUUUCGUGUAUGGUUUGAAGGCAAUUCACUUGGAAAGGCUAUCGGCAAGUGCUCUGGUGAUGCAGAAAGAAGAAAGGAAGCGGCAGCGCCAUGAGGCCAUUUGGAAGGAAUGGAAGAAACUCCUGAGGACCUUGAUUGUUUAUGUGAAGUUCCGCUUGCCGCUAAAGAAGACCAGGUCCAUCGACAAGAUCAAAUCCUUCAUGAGAGCUUCAGCUCGACCAUACAUGCUCCGAAGAACUGUUAAGCACUUUGUGCAAUCAGUACUCCUGGUACAAAGGGCACUGAGGCACCAGGCGCACAUCUUCCGGACGGUUCAACAGCACAUCUUGCAGCCUUUUGUUUGGGCCACUGAAACCCAGCUCUUGUGCGAUGCCUUCCGCAUGCGCAAGGCCGAAGCGGCCACCCGCAUCGAGGCCUACUUGGAGGAGGUGAAGCUGAAGGAAUGGGAGAAGGAGGUCAAGCUCAUGUGGCUGGAUCGAGCGCAGGUGUGGCGGGACGGCUCCAGACGCUUUCGGCCACAGUUGUCAAGGCACGAGGAUCAUCCAUCAGUGCACCUGGAGGAGGAUCAUAUUCGGCACGUGGCUUCUGCUCCUGCCCGCAUGCACAACAGACCAACUGGCCGCGGCUCCCAGUUGCAGAAGACUCUGGACAUGAUCCAGCCACAAGGGCAUGGAAGGAAAACUUUCAGCCUGAGGAAAUCCUUGCACGGCCGGAACUUCUUGGUGAUGGAUACGCUGAGAAUGGACCCUCGAGAUGCCGAGGAAAUCACCAGACAGAUGCUCUUGAACAGCGUUGAUGCCUGGUGGUCUCAGUACAGAACCUACCGUUCGGCAGAAGAGCUGUCCAAACAGAACUGGAUCAACUGGCGCCAAGAUGUGCUUCGCCGCCCCGAUGCGUUGAUUUGGGAUGCGCCUGAGGUCUUGAAGUAUCCCGAGAUGUCCUUCUCCGCCCAGGGCUACCAAUGGCUUCACAAAGAAGUUGAGAAUCGCCUGAGAGAAAGGCCGGAAUUCCGGAGCCUCAUUGGCGAGGGCUUUUAA